CUUGUAUUUGCCGGAGGACAGUCUUGUUUCAUAGUCUGUGGUGAAGAUCCCCGGCUGUCAAUGAGAAAAGCCAAAUGGCGGGCAGCAGGCUAGAGAGGUUUGGAACUGUAUUCACCCGGGUUCGAGAUCUGAUGCGCUCUGGAGUCAUAAAGCCAACAGAGAAACCCAUCUGGUAUGAUGUAUACCAGGCUUUUCCACCAAAGAGGGAUCCGCUUCAUGUGAAGCCACAUGCCAGACUCAGUACCAAGAAACAGGAAACUGUGCCUGAAAUCCUUUACAGAGAAGAUGAAGUUAGAGCGAAGUUCUAUGAGCAGUACGGGGGGGGUCCUCGGCCUCUUGAUCUCUCCAAAUCAAACUUUGUUUCUACGUGUCAGAGGUUUGUAGACAAGUACACAGAGUUAAAGAGCCACAGAAAGCUGGAUGACUCUGCUCUGUUUGAGCAGACUGGGAAGGCUUUACUCACAGAGGGCAUCGUGCUGAGAAGGAGAGGAGCUCUUCCUGUGUCACCAGAGUCCAGGGAUCCAGUGCUCGAGCUGAAGCUAACAGACAUGUUGGCAGAGCAGCAGUCUGUUGGUGCGGACAGCAAGGAGACAAAGGACCACACCACACACGCACACACACCAUAGGCCUCAGCAACUCAAGAACCAUUGGAUGAGCUGCAGAAUCUCCACUCAAGAUAUGAUGUGUGACCGACUUUUAGAAGCUGUGGUUCUGUUUUGCUGCUCCUAUGGAUGUGACGGGCAUCUGUAGAAAAAGGCUUUGCCACAAAGUCAUGACAACCAGCUCAACCAACACCGAGAUCUACACUCUGGACUAUUUGAAUGCAAGCUUCAUGUUUUCUAGACUGAUGUCACUUAAAUGUAAAUUCCCACAGCAUCACUGCACCACUAGCAGGCUGUUGUCAUUAAAAGAUCAAAGAGCCACAAAACCUGAGUCUACAUUGUAGCAGAGAAUGGCCCCCAAAAAAACCUGUAAAUAGUCCAUUCACAUACGUUGUUUUUAUACGUGUGUGUGUGUGUGUGUGUGUGUGUCUAUAUAUAUAUAUAUAUAUAUAUCCA